UUGACACGCGGGCAGAAUCCGGCCAUUGAAUGUGAGGACAGAAUGCAGUUCAGAAGGUUGGUUCGACGCCAGUUAGCAUUUGAGCUAACUCCGAAUUAAGUACGGUUUUUUGUUUUGUUUUUUUUACAGUUUCUUAAAUUUUAAUUGAAGUUGACCAAGGAUUGUUUUUCGUCUUCAAGGAGCAGAGGGUAUGAUGUUGGACACGAUCUGCCAGUACCUGUGUGGCUCCUUUCUGUGGUUCUGGAUGAAAUGGUUUCUCAGACAAAUCACAGGAAAAUGUGAGCUGCAGCGGAUCUGCCAGGGAUAUGAGCCUGGAGCGGCCAGGACCACAAGAAUAGAAAACUCCCUGAAAUCUUCAAAAAACAAGGUGCUGCAAGAUGCUGUGAAUGUGAAGGAAGAUGCAGUGGAGGGCUGUGUGACACAAAUUGUGAAAGAGAAGGGUAUCAAAGAGCAAAAAGAUCCCAAGUUUAAGGUGAAUCUUCAUAAAUGCCUCAUACAAAUAAGUGGCUAUAACACCCUGUUCACCACGGUAGAAGAGCUAAGAAAAGAGGUGUUUGACUCAGAAAAUGAAGAACAUGAGAAAUUGCUUCUUAAGUUGUGGGAUUUGUUGAUGCCGGCCGUUAAGUUGGAGUCUCGAAUCACCAAGCACUGGGGCAGCAUUGGCUUUCAAGGUGAUGAUCCAAAGACUGACUUCAGAGGGAUGGGCCUGCUUGGCCUGGUAAACCUUGUCUUUUUCAGUGAGAAUUACACUAAAGCAGCACGACACGUCCUGUCCCAUGCCAACCAUCCCUCACUGGGGUACUCUUACGCCAUAGUGGGUAUCAACUUGACUGAGAUGGCCUAUAGUUUACUGAGGAGUGGUGCUCUGAAGCCUCAUUUCUACAAUACUGUGGCAGGGAAACCGCACAUUCACCACUUCCACCUGUUUUACUGUUACCUGGCAUACGAGUUUGAUAAGUUCUGGGUGGAAGAAAAGCCUGCGAGCAUCAUGGAGUUCAACAUCUACAGAGAGAAGUUCCACGACAAGGUGAAAGGGUUCCUUCUGGAGCCGGAUGUGUCUCUCAUCCUAAAGAUCGACUCUAAAAACUUCCCUGAUGACUAAGAGGUUUUUUGUUCUAUGACUGACUAAAAGAAAAUGAUGACUGAAUAAUAGCUUUUAAGCACAUCCCUCUUUAUGCUUCCUGUUUUUAAACACAGUAACAAGUAGCAGAUUUACAAACCUUAAGAUCAUUCCCGAGCACAAUACCGUAGAGCUCAGUUGUGUCACCACUUACCAAUAGAAUUUUUAUUUUUGGACAUAAUUAAAAUGAUUAACGAUUCUGCUCGUACUUGAAAUUUGAGUUAUAUUUAUGGUUCCUGUCGGUUUCCUCAGUGUUCAUCUCAGGAAUUUGAUAUUUAUGACGAUAGGGAAAAUCCUAUAUGAUCCAAAUGAGACUUGUGUUCAAUUGUCUUGCACAUGGACAAUGCAGUGUGUUUUUGCAUGUUUUAAUGCUUUUCGUUUGCUAAUGCAUUCAGCCCAACAAAACACUAGUAUAGCUUUAUAACAAAUAUUAAUGCUUUAUGUAUUUGGUGUGUUAUUCUGUAAUCAGUAACAGUGAAAAUACUGUAUGGUUCUAGUGUUCACAUUAAAGUCAUAGUGUGGCUUAAAAUGAAAUUUACAUUUCUUGUUUCACCGUCAAGAAUAAGAUUUUUGGUGUCUACUAAGUAAGGGAACCUUAUUUAGCAUUGUGUGCACACUUUCCUGUAAAAAAUAUAUCGUUUAGCUGUUAGCAUUUGUGCAUUUUCAUCAUUUUGUAUCAAACAAAAUUCAUAACCUCAUCCCUGAGCCAUUGUUUGCACCAAGUGACCCCAAACUACAUGCUAAAGAAGACAAAAAAAAAUCAGGUUCAGGAUGGAGCUACUGAUAUAUUUACCCCUUGCAACAUAAUUUUCUCCCUUUUAUAGACAGCAUUGUGUCAUAAAGUGUAAGAAUAUAUACAAGCAAAUCUGUCUGAUACUAAACCGUGACACGCACAUGUACAUGUGUGACAUGAGUUCAGUGAAAUAUCAAAAUACAAAUGAUUAGCUCGAAUGAUUCCUCACACCAAUCAUAUGGGAGGUGUGCUACUAUGUUUCUCCACUUCUCAACUUAUUUGCAGUUAGUUCUUAUGUAUUGUUUGACGUUUUUAAAAACAGAAGAAAAAUGUGGAAUUGAAAAAUAUUUAAUCUUUUUUUCACAUGUAGGACCUUUCGGUAAAUGCUCAAAGAGCCUUUUGAAGGAAAAGUAAAGCUUCUGAGCAAGUACCAGAGAUUAUUUGUGCCUCUGGUGAGAUGUCUUAUAUUUAUAAUCUGCUAUGUAACAGGCCAAUCAAAAGUAAACAACAGUGGUGUGUGUAAAUCAUAUAGCAAGAUACACCGAUCAGGCAUAACAUUAUAAGCUGCUAAAAACAGCCCUGACCUGUCGAGGCACGGACUCCACAAGAUCCCUGAAGGUGUGCUGUGGUAUCUGGCACCAAGAUGUUAGCAGCAGAGCCUUUAGUUGUGUGGUGGGGCCCAUGGAGGCAGGAUACUCACAGGACUUAAAGGAUACUUUCGAUAGAUACUGACCGCUGCAGACCGGGAACACCCCACAAGAGUUGCAGUUUUGGAGAUGCUCUGAUCCAGUGGUCUAGCCAUCACAAUUGAGCCCUUAUUAAACUCGCUCAAAUUCUUACACUUUCCCAUUUUUCCUGCUUCUAACACAUCAACUUUGAGGACGAAGUUCACUUGCUGCCUAAUAUAUCCCACACAUUAACAGGAGCCAUGAUGAGGAGAUAAUCAGUGUUAAUCAUGUCACCUGUCAGUGAUCAUAAUGUUAUGACUGAUCAGUGUAUAUGCCAUACAUUUUGGCUACUACUGUUCUCAUCAGCUGGACAGGCCUCACCCGUUAGAGAAACAUCUUUGCUUGCGUGAAUGUAGAGUUAUUUUACAUUACUUGUUGGUAACACUUGCUUCAUUAAUGUAGAGCUAAAGAAACAAACUGGACACCAAACAUGUUCUCGGCUACAGUGUGUAGCUAAAAACCCUUUUGGCCAAACUAUUGCUUUAAGUCAGUUAAAAUGAACAAAGUGGUGAGUUUAUGUAUGUAAUGCCUCCUGUAUUAGACUCGCUUUGUACAGCUGGCUACAUGGCUAAUGUGAAUAAAUACAUUUGUGCUUAAAAUCUGUGUUUUAUAUUUCAGAUACUUGGUUGAGGUAGGUGAAGGAAGGGUUAGUAGAUACAGAGUCGGGUGACUCAAAUAAGGGAAAACAAACCAUUCGGUGUACUUUAACUAAAUAUAUAUUUAUUUUAGAAAUGUACUUUUCAUUCUGUUUGCCGUCAAAGCUUACGUUGUGGCUUGCACAUUUCUCCUACAAGCUGACAGCAAUCGAGUGGUGAGUUAACACAGUAAACAGUUCAACAUAAAUUAAAAACAGUGUCCUUUUUUAAACAAAGGAUUCAUUAGUAUUAAUAAUAAUUAUAAAAACAAAGACAUGGGUUGUGUGCAAAGCCACCUUGUAUGUUUGAGUAGUUUAGUGAACAGAGGGCAAAGUGCAGCAUGUGGCUCUUCAUCAUCCACCAGUUACUGCCACAUCACUGGACCCAUACAUCAUAAACCUUUACACACACACACACACACACACACACACAGAG